AUGUAUCCCUCAGAGUUCAGCUGGCGAUCCAAUCCACCUCCAGAUCUCGAAACACCGACCAUAACCACCGACCCCAACUUUACUUUGACCAUUCACCCCAGCUACGCCCUCGAGUUCACUCUACCAGACACCUAUCCCGAUACACAAAAGCCGCAUGUAUACCUUUCUUGCGGCGGUGACGUAGACACCUCAACGCGGAAACGUGCAAGAGCAAAGUUGGCAGGAAUAGUGGAAGAGCAGGAACCAGGAAUGGAGAUGCUAGAUCUGAUUGUUACAUUAUUCACCGAGUACUUGCCAGAGUUGACCGAAGUCGAUGGCUCGACUGCGGAUCAAAGCCAAGAGAGUGGCCAAGGUCAGCACCAACACGCCUCGAAGAUCAAGCGUGUGGUGAUAUGGUCGCAUCAUCUACUGGCAACCUCGAAGCGGAAGGACAUACAGGCUUGGUCAAAAGAGCUGUCUCUAAGUGGCUAUAGUCGACCGGGCCAUCCAGGCAGUAUCUUCGUAGAAGGCGACGAGGACCAAGUAGACGAGUUCAUUCGUCGAUUGAAGCAACUGCGCUGGCAGGCAUUGCAAGUCAGAGGCGAAGAGACGGCCGAGAAGCGCAUAUGUGGUCCUGGAGAUGGUGUACUUGAAGUCGAAGGUUUGGGAGAAAUUGCAGAAGCACUCAAGAAGAUUGAUGCCGACACUGCUGAUCUAUUCCUUCAAGCCAUGAAGAUUGCAAAGACAGAUUGAUAUCAGAUUAUGGAAACGAUCAGAUGACUUGAAAAU